AUGGCUGCUGAAACGAUUAAGGAACUGCAAAUGACAGUGGGGAAGCUGGUGCAGCAGUUGAAGCUGGUGAAUGCUCGACUUGCAGCGGCUGAAAAGCGAAAUGUAACCGGUGCUGAUGAGAAGAUUGGUGCAGUAUCGAGGGGGAGCAAUGUUAAGGCUGCGGUCCUGAACAAGGAGAAGGGAGUGCACAGGGGUGGCACUCGUGAGAAGCAGAAGCCUGAAGUCAUGGUGCAGCCAAAGAGUGAAGCUGUUAAGGAGAAGACGCUGGUGCUGCAAGCGGCAAGCGUUGCAGCUGAUGCAACCGAGGUGAUCGAGGAACCCGAUGUGAAGCUCAGCAAGGAGGAAGCUGAAAUUCCUUCAGUGGAUAGCGGCAAUAUUUCGGUGAAGCUGCAAAUGGUUGCAGCAGAUGAUGUGGAAGCUGAAAUUGUGGGGGAGCACAAUAGUGUAUUUCCUAGAACUGGUGUGGGGAUCGGCAACCUGAUGAAGCUGGCCGACAAGGAGAACCUGGAGUUAGAGAAAAGGGGAGAGCAGCUGGGCAAUGGUGCAGACCCUCCAGUGCCACUGUUGGAAGCGGUGAAAGGUGUUGUUGACCGCGCGCGACCCCCCGCUGCCACGUCGAGUCGCCCUGGGGAGCCGCGCUCGGCCCCCCGCUGCCCCGUCGCGACGCCCUGGGGAGCCGCGCUCGGCCCCCGCUGCCCCGUCGCGACGCCCUGGGGAGCUGCGCUCGGCCCCCGCUGCCACGUCGCGACGCCCUGGGGAGCCGCGCUCGGCCCCCGCUGCCCCGUCGCGACGCCCUGGGGAGCCGCGCGCGACCCCCCGCUGCCCCGUCGCGACGCCCUGGGGAGCCGCGCGCCCCCCCCCCCCCCCGCUGCUCCGUCGCGGCGCCCUGGGAAGCCGCGCUCCGUCCCCCUCGCUGCAGCCCGCGAGCCGCCUCUGCAGCGCCGAGUGCGACCUGCCAAACCCUAA